AAUACGUAAAACAUCAAGCUAUGAGUUCUAUGUAUUAUAGAACGCAGCGAGAAGCUGCUAAGACAAAGACAUACGGUCAUCAGAAGUGCAACAGGGCCCAGAUCAAGGCAAUCACUGAGAGACUCACAAGACACACUGUGCAAACACAUAACAAUCAUCAGGAGAUUAAUAAUGACUUACCCUCACCACCAAGACCCAUAUCAGCCCCAUGUCAUAAGGCGCUACGUCAUAAGACAAUCCAGCCUGACAAUCGAAGGGUUGAUGAGGAUACUCUUAGGAGAAUAAUGCGCCGGAUUACGCAACCGACCUUCAGUGUCCUUGUAGCUAAGGGUGCAAUAAAGGCGGCGCCGCCGCAACGAAAGCUCGAGAGACCACGAACGGCGGUUGAACGUAGAAAGGCGAUGUCCAGCAUACAGAGACCAACGACGGCUAGUUCGAAAAAACGAUUGGGAAGCCCAUGGAACUAUGAAGAUGACUACGUCAGUGACCACGAUUCGGAUUAUGAGUAUGGGGAAUAUAAUGUUAGGACUAGAGAAGAGCUGGAACCAAUGGUUGACCAAUGGGUCACCCCUAUUAAAUCGCAUGGAACGCCUGUUUGUGGACGCCUUGGGCCGACCUCGGCACCCAACUUAUACAAAGACAAAACAAUGCCUCUAGUGAGCGGGCUUGUGAGGACUAAUCGUGUUGAUGAAAUUACAGCAAGGUUGUUCACUCCAACUAAAUCUAUACCCAUUACACGGUGUAGAAAUUCUGAACGGUCGCACUGAAAACUAAGAAAGGCAAUAUUUCGCUUGCAGUCUAAUAAGGAGGCGCUUUUUAUUUAAGUAAUUACCGGGCCUGAUAUGGGCCUCCUAUCAAUUAUAUGAAAUAUAAUCAUUUACCAUCAACAUUCAUUUAUCUAUUAUUUUUCUCAUUUUUCAAAAUGCUCUCUGCUGAACUUCGUGGCAGGGCAAGUCAGGGUCAAAGCUCAAAAUCUAGGUCAAAUCAUUUUUUUUGUUUUCAAAAGUUCCUCAAAACCUUACAAUACACAAUUCAAUUCAAUUUAUUUCAUGAUUUCUUAUUUAAUAUACAUUAUAAAACAUACCGCUAGACACCCUGUGGGCAUAUUGUGCGGUGUAACAGAAAUGUUUUUAACUAUAUGUAGACUACAUAUAAUAGGAAGCACUUAUAUUUUGUAACGGUACAUGUAUUUACAAUUAAUUUUAAGAUGUACAAUGUCGAAAAUAUAGAAAACAUACAUUAA